AUGGCUCGACUCUCAACAUCUCCAUGGGCUUCCCUUCUACUACUGCUUUGCGUGGGCCUCGCAAAUGCUCACACUGUCAUCACAUACCCCGGAUACCGAGGAAACAACCUUCACACCAAUGGCACUGUCGCUGAGGCUAACGGGCUGGGCGUUGCUUACGAGAACGGUUCAUACAUCUACCCCUAUGGCAUGGAGUGGAUCUAUCCUUGCGGCGGUAUGCCCCGCUCGACCAACCGCACCAAGUGGCCCAUCCUGGGAGGCGCUGUUGCCGUCCAGCCUGGCUGGUUCCCUGGCCACCAGACCGCCUUGAUCUAUGUGAACAUGGGUCUUGGUACGAUCCCCGAGAAUAUGAGCCAUCCUGUCGUCUCUCCCUUCCAGAUUACCGGCCCAACCAACAACCCUUACCCGGGUACAUUCUGUUUGCCGCAGGUUCCCUUACCCGCGAACAUCAGCGCCAAGGUCGGCGACAAUGCCACUAUACAAGUUGUUGAGGUUGCAAAGCACGGUGCUGCACUAUUCAAUGUUUGUCCUUCUUGUCCACGUCGGUUUUUCUAUACUAACGCAUUGCAGUGUGUGGAUAUUACCUUUGCAGAGGUCCAUGACGCUGAGAUCGAAUCCGUCACUCGUGAAAACUGCUUCAAUUCUUCCGACAUCUCAUUCCAGUACAUGUACACUACGGGUGGAAUCAACGCGGCCGCAGGCCUGAAGCCUCAUGCACUGCUUGCCCUUGGACCGCUCCUGCUGGCGGCUCUCUUGGGCAGCUUUGUGUAG